AUGGCGGGGAUGGCUGAGCUCUGUGCGUGCAGACGGAAGGAGGCACAGGAAACGCGGCUGAGGCUGCAAGGUUACUCGGCAUGCGGCCCCGUGACGCCUGGUGUUGGGUGGCCAUGCUGCUGCUCGCCCUGUUCAGCAACACUGCUGGAGGCCGACGUGGAGCUGGAGGAAGAGCUGGGGGACGAGGAGGAGGAGGAGGCGGUGGAGGAGGAGGGCUACGUGGGGGCUUUCGGUCCAUCUCCCGUGGAGGCAACACUGCAGGCCGAGGCUCCAAGAUGGCGAGUGCCAUCGCAGCCGGUGCUGCCGCAGGGUAUGGGAUGGGGCUCCUGGGGCGGCCGCGGCCCCCCCGCCUUGGUCAUGGCCCCCCGGCCCAACGGCAGCCCCCACCAGCUGGGGGGUUCCAUGCUGCAGCUUGGCCGGACCUGGGGGCCAAGCGGGGAUCCCCCAACCAAGCCCCCAAGGGACCGUGCGGUGGCAUUGUCCCCACUCUACUUCUGGCAAAUGCCAUCUGCUGGGUCAACCAUGGGAUGUAACACUGAGAGCUGACGUGGGGAGGGGGCACAGCACGCCCCAGGAUGAAACCAUGGGCACUUGGUGGUGCGUGACAGUGCUGGGAGGUGGGAUGGGGAUGAGGGAGGGGGGAGAUGCUCUGCUGCCAUCUCGAUUCCUUGGGACCCUCUGCCAGCAGCCAUCACUGUGCUCGUGGCAACCUUGGGAUCCUGCAAACCCAUUGAGCACAUGAAGAAAUCAAGCCCUGCAAGGAAAUUUCAGUAUUUCUACCCACACAUUGUGCAGACACAGCUGGAUCGACCCCACCAGCCUCGGUGCUUGUCCUGGUUUUACAUGGCAUGGCAAAACCAAGGAAGAUGUUAUGAAAAGGUGUUCCUUUCCCCAAAGAAGAGCACUGGGAAUCAGUUGGGGACAUGGGGCUCCAAAACGGACCCCUCCAAAUUGCAAUAAAGUUUGGUUUGGAGACAG